AGGACCCUGGGAAGGCUGGAUUCCAGCCUGUUGUAAUGGUGGGAAUCGCGGAAGUUCGAUUUUAUCCUGGUGAUUAAGCUUCGCCUCUACAUCACCUUGCACCCUUUUUGGGGGUACGGACAGUUUCGUACCUAGGACUUUGGCUCUUGUCCCGGAAAGCCCGUGCCCAGCCUCACGAUGCCCCAGUUCAGACUCCUGCCCAGGAAGGCCUGGGCUGCGCUGCUUACCCAGCUCCUGCAACCUCCCCGCGCAGCGAGCACCGGGGCAGUCCAUUGUCAUAGCCAGGUUGCAGAGGCAGUAUUACCAUCCCAACUGAAACCACAUCAAGAAAAAACUAAUUUUAUUAUCAAGACCCCAAAGGGCACCAGGGAUCUUAGUCCCCAGCAGAUGGUUGUGAGGGAGAAAAUUCUUGAUACUGUUGUCAGCUGCUUUAAACGUCAUGGAGCCAAGGGAUUAGACACCCCAGCAUUUGAGCUAACGGAAGUGCUUACUGAGAAGUAUGGAGAGGACUCUGGGCUUAUCUAUGAUUUGAAAGAUCAAGGUGGAGAGCUGUUAUCUCUUCGCUAUGACCUUACUGUCCCUUUUGCUCGUUACCUGGCCAUGAAUAAAGUGAAGAAGAUGAAACGCUACCAUGUUGGAAAGGUGUGGCGGCGGGAGAACCCAACCAUAGUCCAAGGCCGCUACAGAGAGUUCUGCCAGUGUGAUUUUGACAUUGCUGGUCAGUUUGACCCUAUGAUCCCUGAUGCAGAAUGUUUGAAGAUCAUGUGUGAAAUUCUAAGUGGGUUGCAGCUGGGGGACUUUCUCAUUAAGGUUAACGACCGACGAAUUGUGGAUGGGAUGUUUGCUGUCUGUGGUGUUCCUGAAAGCAAGAUCCGGGCCAUCUGUUCCUCAAUAGACAAACUAGACAAGAUGUCUUGGAAAGAUGUGAGACAUGAGAUGGUGGCAAAGAAAGACUUGGCUCCUGAAGUGGCUGAUCGAAUUGGGGACUAUGUCCAAUGUCAUGGUGGGGUGUCCCUCGUAGAGCAAAUGUUACAGGAUCCCAGACUGUCCCAGAACAAGCAGGCCUUAAAGGGCUUGGGGGAUCUGAAGCUGCUUUUCGAAUAUGUGACAUUAUUUGGAAUCGCUGAAAAGGUCUCCUUUGACCUCAGCCUGGCUCGGGGCCUAGACUACUAUACUGGACUGAUCUAUGAAGCAGUGCUUCUACAGACCCCAGCUCAAGCUGGGGAACAGUCCCUGAAUGUGGGCAGUGUGGCUGCUGGUGGGCGCUACGACGGGUUGGUGGGCAUGUUUGACCCCAAGGGCUACAACGUGCCAUGUGUGGGGCUCAGCAUUGGGGUAGAGCGAAUCUUCUACAUUGUGGAGCAGAGAAUGAAGACUUUUGGUGAGAAGGUACGGACUACAGAGACCGAAGUGUUUGUGGCCACGCCACAGAAGAACUUUCUCCAAGAACGGUUGAAGCUAAUUGCAGAGCUUUGGGAUGCCGGGAUCAAGGCAGAGAUGCUAUACAAAAACAACCCUAAACUAUUGACCCAGCUGCACUAUUGUGAGAACAUGGGCAUUCCACUGGUAGUCAUUAUUGGUGAGCAAGAACUGAGGGAAGGUAUCCUCAAGCUUCGUUCAGUGACCAGCAGAGAGGAGGUGGCCAUUAAACGGGAACAUCUUGUGGCUGAAAUUCAGAAGCGACUGAAAUCUGAGUCUUGAUCCUUGCCCAACUGCCAGCUGCUGCUCUUUCUAGACAAAGUUUUAUGUAAAACUGAGUUCCAUGUGGACUUUACAACAGCUGGCCAAGAUGGAUGACAAGUACCUUCUACCUCCUCCAUCUGUCCUGGGUAGAGAACUGUCAAAGGCCCUGAGGACUCCUGCACUAGUGUAAGCAGCUGUUCUGUGUGGGUGCAGAGGGCUGUUGUGUGGAAGAGACACACUGUAGUUGCAGGGCAAACCUGAAGUGCCCUGAAUGCAUCCAGGAGGUGUUGAGAUGGUUGCUAUGAUCAAGGAUCUGGAAGAAUCAUCUCAGGCUGAGAAUUCUGAACCAUUGAGAUCAGAAGCCAAUACUUAGCCUUCUAUUGUAUCUUUGGAACCAAGUUCUGGGGACUUUGUUUGCAGCCAGCCCUUGCCCUGUCCAGGGAGUUGUGCUACAGCAAGGAGGAACAAAAGAUUCUCUCUGAUUUGAGGACAGAGAUGCUAUUUCAAGGGCACGGCAGUCCUCAUGUUGAUAUGACAUCUCUCCAGUCCAUCCACUGUUAACAAUAGCAGUGUGGGGUUGACUGUUUUAAUAAUCUUGAAAGUUGAACUUAAUAGGUGACUUGACAAAAUGGAGAUCUGGUCUUUUGAGAUUUUGGAGACUAUUCCUGUGCCCAAGACACUGAUCUGACUGUAGUAUGCUUGACUAUGGAGGCUAUUCUAAAAGUGAUUGGAUAAUAUAUGAAAUAAAAUACUAAGUGUUG